GACCUUAAAAAUGUGUGCUGGCGCUUUUUUUUUCUCUUCCGGUCCCGGGGGUUUGGGAGCUGUGGGCUUGGGUGCAGACAUGGCCAAGUCCAAGAACCACACCACGCACAACCAGUCCCGAAAAUGGCACAGAAACGGCAUCAAGAAACCCCGAUCACAAAGAUACGAAUCUCUUAAGGGGGUGGACCCCAAGUUCCUGCGGAACAUGCGCUUUGCCAAGAAGCACAACAAGAAGGGGCUGAAGAAGAUGCAAGCCAGCAACGCCAAGGCCAUGAGUGCACGGGCUGAGGCCAUCAAGGCCCUCGCAAAGCCCAAGGAGGUCAAGCCCAAGAUCCCCAAGGGCGGCAGCCGCAAGCUCAGUCACCUUGCCUACAUCGCCCACCCCAAGCUUGGGAAACGUGCCCGUGCCCGCAUUGCCAAGGGUCUCAGGCUCUGCCGGCCAAAGGCCAAGGCUCAAACCAAGGCCCCAGCCACACCUGCAGCUGCAGCUCUGCCUCCAGCUCAGGCUCCGGCUCCCAAAGGUGCCCAGGCUCCGGCUCCCAAAGGUGCCCAGGCUCCAGCUCCCAAAGGUGCCCAGGCUCCCACGAAGGCUCCAGAGUAGAGGCCUCUGUCUGCCAAUGUGAGGAUGGAAGGACUGGUGUGACCCUUGGGCUGCUGUCUGCAUGGGGCUGGUGUCCUCCUGAGCUAUUUGUGCAAAUAAAGCUGAGGCAGGAUCUGUCAAAAAAAAAAAAAA